CGCGAUCGCUUGCUCUGGAAAGACCCGGGGAAAAAGCCCACGCGUGACCCAGAUUGUCUAAAGUCUUUGUGUCUCCUGGGGGCUUUAGAAUCACGCAGAAGGUCCUAUGGCUGAGAACCAGCAGCUCGUCAAUGGUGAGGCCCCUGAGAGAAGGCUGGUCCUGAUGCCAUCUGGAUCAUCCUCCAAAGAAGUGUCCACACCUGGAACUUCUGAGCUGCAUCUUAACUCCUUGGGACAUGUGACACCAUCAAGCAAUCUCUCCUCCUUAACGGUGCCUGUACGCUUGGAUGUCCUCUACUUCUUGCUCAACAGUGCUGCCAAAGGGGCACAGAAUGCCUUGGCUCCCCUACCUAUUCUGAGUGGGCAAGGAUCUGUCUCUGCCUGUCAUGGCCCGGGUGCUUUACAGGCAGGGAGCUGCUGUAACAGCUGCCAACCCACCUGCCAUAAGGCUUCUGGUGGUGCUCCUUACGCCUGGCACUCUAGUGCGCCUCACCGUGAUGAGACAAUUUAUAGAAGCUGUCAUUCUCACGGCCAAUCGAGCGCUGGAAUCCCAGAUAGACAAAAUAACCAACGUGUCAGGGUUGCCCAAUGGGAUGAUGGGAAGAACUGGGCUGGUAUCCCUCAAGCAGAACCAGCAAGGGGAUGGAAACGAUCCCAGUCCCCCUUGGGAUGGAAGGAGAGGCAGAGAGAUGAAGGCGGGAGGUAUUGGAAAGGGGACAACUGGCAAGGGAAGGAGGGAAAUUUCAGGAAGUCUUGGAGCAACCACAGGGAAAGUCUGGCUGAGUCAACUCCUUGGUCUUCAGGCCCGCCGAAUAGAAAAAGGGAAGGCACAUCAUCAUUUGGAGAAUCUUCUCUGAACAUUAAGAAGCAGCGAGAUGGAAAUUGUUGGCAAGAGAUGCGUGAUGCCUCCAAAGGCCAAAGAUACUCGGCCCAUGCCCAGUUUGACUGGCAAAAGAUCCAAAGGCCAGAAGAAUCUGCCGGCUUCGUAGAUAAUAUGACAGCUGUUGAGAGGACCACUACAACUGGCCAGGAUAAAAGUGAAGAUUGGGAGGCAGAAUAUAAGAAUACCCAAGAAACCAUCAGUGCUCCUGAGUGUUUUGCCAGUUCUUCCCUUAAGAACAAAGAAAUGAAUACUUACAAAGCAGGAGAUAGUUACGAUGUAGAACGUGUUCCAUCUACCGAUCUACCCAAACAGAAGCUGGAGAUCUCUCCUCUUCCCAAGUCUCUUUCCAAAGACCAGGCAGCUACAUCUACUGAGAUGGAACCCACCGCAUCUGACUCAGAUUGGAAGAAGAAUGGCAAGUUUGCCCAUUAUCUCCAGAGCCUUUAUUCUGAUGUCCCGGAGAAGUCAAGUUCUGAAUGUUCUACAGAUCUGACCAUCGAUAUAGAUGCAGAGAAAUCCAGACCAGAAGAAGAAGAGGCCAUGAACAGUGCACCUGAUGGAGAAUCAAAACCUUUGGAGUAGAAGAUUAUGGCUGGGAGAUUAGCUGGGAGGAGAAAAGGAGGAUACUGUGCAGUUUACAAAUUUGGGAAUCUAAGAGGAGAUUUCUCCAAAAGGUUCCAUUUCUGGAAUUCCAGAACUGUUUAAUCGGUUAAGAUAGACGUUUGACUCCAGUGUAGGUAGGUUGUCAUUAUUAUGUCUUGUUUUACAGAUUAUUUACAACCUGGGCUGUCCUUUAUUCCUGAAACAAGGGUUCUUCUGACAUAAUCAGAAACGUCUGUUAUCCUUUCCAAAAUAGGAUAGAUUAUCCAGUAAAUAAGCAGUACUCAGCCAGCCACCUUGCUACUUGAAGAGAAUGGAAAAAGCAAUGGAGAAUUGCAUUAGUGGCAUCAUUUAUUCUUAGUCCGGUUACUCUUAAAAUAGAUCACCAAUGGAAAGCUACUUCAGAUUGUGUUAACUGUCACCGCUUGGAUUUUUCAUUUGGCAGUUUGUUACAAUGGAAGCAUCCUACUGUCUCCAUGCAGUCACCCACAUCCAUCGGUGACUUCUACAAAAUGCCCAUUGGGGGUUCUGUAAAAAUAAUCCGUGACUUUUAAACUACAGUCUGUCUGGUUUGAACCCAAAGGUUAACGCAUAUUACAUCUUAAGCACAGAAGCUUGAAACCAUCAUGCAAAUCUCAGGAGACAGACUUACAUCGUUUCAAAAGCGGUUAUCAUUUCACUGCAUGGGAAAAAUGGAUAGCAAAGGCCAUCCGUAUUUUUUUAUUUUUGCACACAGAGAUGGAUAUGUUAUUUUAAUAACGAUGUCUGUCUAGUACAUCUAAAUGCAUUAAUCUUGCUGUUUUAAGUGUUCCUGGCUGUUAAACACUGAGUUUGUUUAGAAAGCUUUAAAACCCUUUUUGGAUAUCUUAUGUGGGUUUAAAACCCAAGAAAAGCAUCUGUGGUGAUUUGAAAUACUUUAUAGUAAAAUAUUUUUGUUUUUCCCCUAGGGGAAGGUGGGAAUGUGUGUUUUUCUGAUAACUUGUCACGUGUUGCAAUAAAGUUGGCAUUGUGUUAGCAA